AGAUUUCACAACAGCUGAACACCACAAAGUUUGUCAUUAGUACACGCGUGCUGCGUGUUCGACGAGUGGACGGUCUGUCCUUCCUAAGACGAGUGUGUCCUGCGGUGUUUCUGUCUAUUUAUCUCCUGGGUGUCAGCCGCAGACCCGCCGCUGUCUCUGAGUACCACCACGUUGCCCUUUGCUUACUGUGCACCUUUGCUUCGCAGUCACCCCACACUGUUGAUGAGAUUACAGGAGGGUCACGUUUCAGCCGAGACCACAGUCUGAACACUAAAACACUAAACAGCCUCGGUAAGCCAUGCUCCGACUUGUCAGAAACCAAAUCAGGGGGCUGACAGGCUGCAAGUGCAGCCUGCAAAGGUCACACCAUCACAAGUCUGUGAUGGCUAUCCGGCGUGAGGACGUCAACGUAUGGGAGAGGCGAGCACCCCUUGCUCCCCGGCACGUGAAGGAAAUCACUGCAGCAGGUUACAAAGUCCUGGUGCAGCCCUCCAACAGGAGAGCCAUCCACGACAGAUACUAUGAGAAAGCAGGAGCCAUCUUACAGGAUGACAUCUCAGAGGCUUCUCUCAUUGUCGGUGUAAAGAGACCCCCAGAAGACAAAGUCCUCCCAGAUAAAACCUACGCUUUCUUUUCCCACACCAUCAAAGCCCAGGAGGCUAACAUGGGACUUUUAGAUGAUAUCCUCCAAAAGAAUGUGCGGCUCAUUGACUAUGAAAAAAUGGUGGACGAGAAUGGUUUCAGAAUUGUUGCAUUCGGAAAGUGGGCUGGUGUUGCAGGGAUGAUUAAUAUUUUACAUGGUCUGGGUCUGCGUUUCCUCGCCCUUGGGCACCACACUCCCUUUAUGCACAUUGGAAUGGCACACAAUUACAGGAAUGUCAGUCAAGCUAUCCAAGCUGUAAGGGACUGUGGCUAUGAGGUAGCACUUGGCCUCAUGCCCAAGUCCAUUGGUCCACUCACGUUUGUGUUCACUGGCACUGGCAAUGUAUCUAAGGGUGCACAAGACAUUUUCAAUGAGCUUCCAUGUGAAUAUGUGGAGCCACAUGAAAUGAAAGAGGUCUCUGAGUCAGGAGACCCCACCAAAGUGUAUGGCACGGUGAUCAGCAGACGCCACCAUCUCAUUCGAAAGAGCGAUGGCGUAUAUGAUCCUUUUGAGUAUGAACACCAUCCUGAACUCUACACUUCACAUUUCAGAUCCAGCGUUGCACCCUAUACAACCUGUCUGAUAAACGGCAUUUACUGGGAACGACACACUCCUAGGUUGCUAAGGCGACUGGACGCACAGAAACUCAUGAAACCUUCAAAACCUUCAGCCUCUGCCACUGAGGGCCGGCCUGAACUGCCACACAAGUUCUUGGCUAUAUGCGACAUUUCUGCAGACACAGGCGGCUCCAUUGAGUUCAUGACAGAGUGUACCACCAUUGAGAAGCCCUUCUGUAUGUAUGAUCCCAACCAGCACAUAGACCAUGACAGUGUGGAGGGAAAUGGCAUUCUCAUGUGCUCCAUUGAUAACCUGCCUGCCCAACUUCCCAUUGAGGCUACAGAGUAUUUUGGUGACCGCUUGUUCCCCUACAUCUGGGAAAUGCUGCCCUCAGAUGCAACCAAACCACUGGAUGAUGAGGACUUCUCUCCUCAAGUGAAAGACGCUGUAAUAACAUCCAACGGAAAGUUGACUCCCAAGUUUGAGUACAUUGGGAAGCUAAGAGAGAGGAGGGAGUCUGAGCAGAUCUUGAAGAAAAUCGGGAUGAAGCGUGUGUUGCUGUUGGGCUCUGGCUAUGUGUCUGGGCCAGUCAUUGAGUAUCUCACCAGGGAUGCUGGCACUCAGGUCACAGUGGCUAGCGUGCUUCUGAGCCAAGCUGAAGAACUGGCUGCCAAAUACCCUAACACCAUACCUGUGAUGCUUGAUGUGACCAGCCAAGAAGGCCAUCUUGAGUCUCUGGUGAAAGACCAUGACCUUGUCAUCAGCAUGCUACCUUAUAACUGUCAUCCUCUGGUGGCUAAGCAUUGCAUCACGAAGAAGGUGAACCUGGUGACAGCUAGUUACCUGAGUCCAGCCAUGAAGGAACUUGAGAGAAGUGCUGAAGAGGCUGGCAUCACCAUAGUCAAUGAGAUGGGCCUGGACCCUGGCAUUGAUCACAUGUUGGCCAUGGAGUGCAUCGACCAGGCCAAGGCAGACGGUUGCACUGUGGAGUCAUACAGCUCCUUCUGUGGUGGUAUUCCUGCACCAGAGUGUUCUGAAAAUCCACUGCGUUACAAAUUCAGCUGGAGUCCAUAUGGAGUGUUGCUUAAUACCAUCAGCCCUGCUGUCUACCUCAAAGACAACCAAGUGAUCAAUGUUCCCCCUGGUGGUUCUCUACUGGAAGCCACAACGCCCAUGGAAUUCCUGCCAGGUUUUAACCUGGAGGGCUUUCCCAACCGCGAUAGCACUAAAUACGCUGAGGCUUACGGCAUAGAGUCUGCACACACAGUAAUCAGAGGGACUCUGCGCUUCAGGGGCUUCUCCAGUGCAAUGAGCAGCUUUGUAAAACUUGGACUUAUCAACACAGACCCUUGCCCAAUGCUGGAACAGACAGCCAGCCCUGUCUCUUGGAAAGAGCUCCUGUGCAAGCAGCUUGGCCUGUCCUCCUCAGUUAACAAUGACUCCUUUGAGGAAGCUGUGUUCAACCAGAUAGGGAGAGAUGAGUUCAGAAUGCAGACGCUCAGAUGGCUUGGAAUGCUGAAUCACGAGCCUGUGCCACACGCUGGCACCAUCCUGGCAUCCCUCACUAAGCACCUGGAGGCCAAGCUCUCUUUUGAUAAAGGUGAGAGAGACAUGAUCAUCUUGAGGAAUGAUGUUGGCAUCAGGCACCCAACUGGCGAACUCGAGAUGAAGCACAUGAGCCUGGUGGUCUAUGGGGACCCCAAUGGCUUCUCAGCCAUGGCCAAAACAGUGGGAUACCCUGCAGCUAUUGCAGCUCGUAUGCUGCUCAAUGGUGAGCUGAACACUAAAGGACUUGUGAUGCCAUUGAUGAAGAAUAUCUAUGGCCCAGUUCUGAAGAGACUUCAGGAGGAAGGCCUUCAGGUCAUCUCCAAAAGCACUAUAUCAGAGUAAUCAGUUUCAUACACUCUGUUCAGGCCUGCAUUAAUUCAGAGACAGUGAGAAAGCAAGAGAGAAAUUGAUUGUCUGACAGGCCUUAAAGUACAUAGAUGUUUUGUUGAAGUAUAAAUAUGUAAAAUACGUGAGAGAAAACACUUGUUGACACUGAAACUCAAGAACACUACGAGUAUUCUCCAAACAUCUAUUUUCUUAUUUGUUUUCUGCUUUUAUGUAAGAAGCUACUGAAGUGCAUGGGCUGGUAGGUAUAGAGGAGAAAGUCACACUAGUGCAGCCCACUGAUGUCAUGGUGAAACGGUUUUAUUGACUGUCAUUAUGUUGCUUUGUACUUGUUCUUCAGUGCAUAUCUGAAAUUUGAAAUUGUCUAAUAUAUGUGACAUUUUUUAAAACUCAUUACAGUUUUUCAUGCCAUUUAAGCACUACAGUACAUAAAUAGAAAUGCUGUUGAUUGGGGGCCGUCUGCCGUACUGAAGCACUUUAUGGAAUAUUUGGAUUACCUUACCAUUGCAUUUAAUGUAACAUGUCAACUGGACCAGUCCUGAGAACUCAUUGUUUACAGAAAUCAUUUUUUAUCUGUUGUAAAAAAUACUGCUUGGGGUAAUUUCUCCAAGCUUUCUCGUGGAGAUGACGGUUAAUUUGAGUCAAACUGAUAAACUAAUCAUGACAGAACACAGUAGCAUGGGUUCUGUUUGAGGUUGGGGAAUAAAGCAGUUCCAUUAAUGGGAUUUGUCCAUUUAAAAUUAUUAAUGGGAUCCUUUAUUUAAGAUAAAGGAAAAACACUAACUUAGGCUGGUCUUAACCAUAAGUCCAUCAUUCACACCUAUCAUUAACUAGAGAGGCCCAAUUUAAUGAAAAGGAAACGCAAAGGAUUGAUGCUGACAUACCAACAAAAAUGAUUGCUUGCAAGACACAAUAGGCCAUAUAAUGGAAUCUGUUGCCAAAUUUUUGCAAACCCAAUAAAAUACUGAAUAUGCUUCAGCUACAGGGGCUCUUUUGCUCAGUGCCUUUUCUUCAGUAGAGCCUACUCUCUUCAGAAAUAGUAAAGGCAGGUGACCUGCAUAUGAUCAGCACACCCACAGACUCACCAAAAUUGGCAUUAUGAGAUUGGAGAUCUGUUUCUAGUGUGUCCGCCUUAUGCAGGACAAUCCUAAAUUAUACUUACGGUCAUCUUUAUUUUUCUCUUUAGGCGUAGAGCAGGGUUUCUCGAUUGGUCCUUGAGCUCUGUACAUUUUUGUGUUUUCUCUGCUCUUGCACUUCUAUUUUAAAUCCACACAAGGCUGUGCAGUGCAACAGUACUAGAGGAUAAUAAUUGGAAAAAAUGUAGGCCUCAGUAAUCAGAUCUCUUGAAAAUGCCCUCGAUUUGUUCUGAUGUUCACUAAUUUACAGUCUUCUCUCUACUUUUCUGUCACCUUCUCAAAAAAACAGACUUCAUGUAUUUGUUUCAAAUGCAUAUGUCUAUGUUUCAACUUUUUGAAUUGCAUAAAAAGGAUGUACAAAGUUGAA